GGCGAUGCUCAAAAGUUAGUUAGAAAGCAGGCUUGCCGGGAAAAAUACUCACUGAACCAUGGAGCAAACCGAAGUGAUGAAACCAGAAACUCUUGAUGAUCUGAUCAAAGUUUUGCAUAAAAUCUUUGAAAGUGACAAUAUCAAUGUGGAGGAGGUGCAAAAUAUAAUGGAAGCAUAUGACAGCAAUCCACAGGAAUGGAUGAAAUUUGCAAAAUUCGACCAGUUCAGGUACACAAGGAACCUGGUGGAUGAAGGGAAUGGAAAGUUCAACCUCAUGAUACUCUGUUGGGGAGAGGGUCACGGCAGCAGUAUCCAUGACCACACAGACUCCCACUGUUUCAUGAAGUUGCUGCAAGGCCAGCUGAAGGAGACGCUUUUUGAAUGGCCCGAUAAAAAAACAUGCAACAUGGUUCAGAAAUCUCAGAGAAUCCUGCAAACAAACCAGUGUGCCUACAUCAAUGAUUCCUUUGGGCUGCACAGAGUAGAGAACGCCAGUCAUACAGAAUGUUCGGCCAGUUUGCACCUGUACAGUCCUCCCUUCAAGACCUGCCAGACCUUUGACCAGCGGACUGGACACAAGAACACUGUCAAGAUGACGUUCUGGAGCAAAUUUGGAGAGAGGACUCCAUUUGUAAGACUUCUUUCAGAAAUUGACCAAACACAGAACCAUAGAUGUAUAGCUUAUCAUAGCCAUAUCAUUACCUGUUCUUCUGACUGCAAAAUUGGCUUAUCUAGGGUGUUAACACUUAAUAUUAUCUCCAAUCACUGAGGUAAAGUUGUACAACUUUCUUUUACCUAAGCGGAUAAGUGCAUCACCCAAGCCACAGGAGAGUGAUGCAAUUUGUGAACGUAUUGGUGAAAGGUGCCAUAAACUUGUUUAUAUUAUUCAAGUGGCUUGCUGUUGAAAGUCUACAGAGUACCGUCAGGCAUUAUUUCAUUCGAUUGUCCCAUAACUUUAUUGAAACAAUGGGACACCUGUUGUUGUAGCAUGAAUGACGCAUGGAUCUCUUUGAAAAAAAGUCCUGAAAAUGGCUGGCAGCUUAUCUUAGGUAGUUAAGAUGGAAUUACAAAAACAACAUUUUUUGAAAGCUGUAAACUUGAUGGUGUGUGGACCUUCAUUAACUAACAGCAUUGUUGUAAAAAGUUUUGUUCAACUUGACUGAGUGUUGUAAAAGUACAUUUUUGGUGACUAUAGGACAAUGAGAUGAUAUGUGUUUUGGUAUCUAAACAUCAUGACAACACCUGGUUUGUGAGCGCCUCACACUAUUCUGUAAAGAUUACCUAUUCCGUUGCCUGCAGACACAUCCGUACUGUUAAGGCUACAUUUACUUUUCCUUCCAAAUGUUUACAGAUGUUUAAUUACACAGGAAGUCUAAGUCGUUUCCGCCCAGUAAAAUAACAGUACAAUCAACAAUUCCGUGACACUCCCCUAGUAUUUUAAAAUACAUUUACUGCAUUUUCUAUGAGUUUAAGUUUAUAUUUCAAAGUUAGUUUAAGAAUUUCAGGAUUCUGUUUCCACAGGCCGCCAGAUGUGUAACAGAAAGACCGUAUUCUACACGGUAAUAGCUUUUAAUCUAUAGAGCAGGUUGGAGUCUGCUUUUAAUGUUCAGGCUAGCUGUGUGCUGUUACGCUAGAACAGAACCAGACUAGUUCUGCUUGGGGUUUGCCAACAGCGGAGAGCUUAUCUAAAAUCCACAAAUUGCACAAGUUUACCUUGACCAAACCACUGUCUGGCCUGCACUAUUACAACAUUGCUUGCAUAUAGGAUAAGAUAAGAGUAUGGGCACACAAUGAUCUACUACCACUUACCUUACCACAUCUCCCCUCAAUGAAUUGAGAAAAUAAAUGCUUAUUCAGGUUUCAAAUAUUGGUUUAGUGCUGGAUUCCUCUCAUAUUUCUCCUUUGAUGCAUAUCAUGAUGCUUCGGGCUAUUGUCUAACUUACUGCUCAUUUGUCUU